AUGACAGACUUGCACCUGCUCUCCACUUCUUUCAAGAAUAACAGUCAACAACUUGAAGGCAUAAAUGAAAAGAUUGCAUUGGACCUUCCAUCCAGGCAGCGUAGCUGUGCUGCUGUCAGUACUCCAGCUGCAUGUGUUAACAAAGCUAUUCAUCACAUUCAAGAUCUAGAAGUGAAAGUGGAAGAAGCCUUUCAAUGGUAUGAUCAAUUAUAUCGAUUGGAGAAAGUCCCACGGGAUACAGAUAUUAAGAGUGUGGAAGAAGCUAGGUGGUUAUCAGCCUCUUCUGAACAGAAGGCUGAACCUUCAUUCUUUUUGGAAGCCAUCCAGCCUUUAAAGCAGAAAACAGCAGCUGUUCUGGCAGAGGCCACAGAGCUAGUUACAAGAUUAGAAAAUGAACGUAAAGAGGCUGAAGAAGCUUUGGAGUUGGAGAGACGCCGCAAGAAAAAACUAUACCAGCAUGCUGAUUACCUGUCACUUUGGAGGCUACAACAGCUUCCUAUAGCUGUUCAAAGAGAAUGGGAGAAGUAUUCUCAAGAUGUUACAGAAUUACAGUGGCAUAUUGAAGAAAAAAAUCUGCAACUACAGGAUGCAGUAAACCAACUGACAAAAAUUGAUAGCGCUAAUGCAAAGAUUCUGGAGCAUAUAGACUUCAUGAAGAAAUACAGCCCUCUGCUGGGAGAAAAGCUGAGUUUUGAAUCUGAUUCUAUAGUAGAAGUUAAAAAGAAAUACACAGAGACAAAAACUGUAUAUGAUAUUGUUCAUGAAAAACUUGUGAGUGUGAAAGCUAUAAAUGAGGAACUUACAGUAGAAUGUGAACAGAAAAGAAAAUCUAUGUCUGAACAAAUACUGUCAGCUGAGGACAUGGUGGAUCAUCUUAUGAGGCAGAUAAAAGAUGCUGAAAAGUUUUAUGCUGAUUUGUGUGCCAAGAUAAAUGAAAAGAAGGAGGAGAUAUUGCAACAUAAAAAACGCCUCGAAGAACUAAUCAAGCAAGAAGCAGACGCAAAAGCUGACUUACUUUCUUGGCAAGAUAAAGUCAGGCGGUUGAAUUUGAAAAUAGAUGAGCAGGAAAAUGAGAACAAAAUUUUAUUGGAUGGAUAUUUGGAAGAGAUGCAAAAUAUGCAGAGCUCAAAAACCACUCAAGACUCUGAUAUAAAAAACUUGAAAGAUAAGCUCAUGAGAUAUUUACAGGAAAUAACACGUUUGCAAGAUGAAAGCAAACGUCUUCAUGAUGAAAAUGGUACCUUUCUUCAAAAAUUCAGAGACAGUUCAAAGCGGAAAGUAGGAUAUCAAACAGAAAUUCAAGUUCUACGGAAAAAUAUUCGGAGACUGGAAGACCAUUUAAAACGAGUAAAUACCGAUCUUUAUACAACUGAUUUGAAUUAUGAUGACGCCAAAGACAAACUGGAGGAGUUGUCACAAAACAUUGCUAAAGAAAAAAUGCGUUUCAAGAACUUGGAAGAUAAUAUUAAACAAAAAAUUAAAGAUGAAGUAAGUGCAUGGAAGCUGACCCAGAAAAGGGUUAAAGCACUGAAGGCAGAUCUAGCUAAAAGUCAAAAGGAGCAUGCCAAGCUAAAAGAAAAAAUUCAGAAGAAAUUAGCAGAACUCGACCGUCUUGUGGCUGAACAGACAGAAAUUCUAACAAAAAAUAAAGAAAAGCAAAAAAAUCUUUCUCAGGAAAUUGCCAGUUUGAAGCAAAAGAUUAAAGAACUUGAUGAAAAGGAGAAGAAAAUUAAAGAAGAACUAGAGGACCAGAAGAAGUGUUUUCAAAACCUAUUAAAUUAUAUACAGGAGAAAUAUUUAGAUAUUUCAAACCAGCUUGCUAAAGUUAAUGAAGAUAUUGCAAAAUAUCAAAAUGAAAUUAAUAAAUUAACUGCUUUAAACAAAGGAACACAAAAGCAGAUGGAUACAACAGAGAAGUCUAUAGCAGAGUUAAGGAUUAAAUAUGCUAAAAUAAAAUCAAAGGAGCAAAAUGCUCAGACACUAGUUGAUUUUCUCCAUAAUCGGCUGGACUAUAUUGAAAAAAAAGUUAAGACAGACAACAGAAUUUUUGAAGCGCAGCUGUGGAAAAGACAGGAAAAUCUGAAAGCUAAGAAGAAUACUCUGAAAGACACAAUGGAUGAAAAUCUACGCUUAGCACAGGAAUAUCAAAUGCUCCAGCUGUGCUUUCUAAAUAACAAGAAUGAAUUUACGGACUUUUAUGAUCAUAAAGUCAGGGCUGAAGCAGCAUUAAGAGAUCAACAGCAGCUCUCUCAGCUGCAAAGGAAGCUGCACAGGGUAUUGGUGAAGUACUUCAAACUGCAAGCCCUCUAUAACCAAGCCAGGCUGGCGAAGUUCCAGGCAGCCUCUCAUGAGAAUGUUCAGAAAAUAUUAGCUGUGCAGGAAGGGUUAUCAGAGACACUUGAACAUACCGACACUUUCUUGAAGUCUUUGACAGAUGGCUCCUCUACUUGGAAAGACAAUGCAAACAACGACUGUGUCUUGGAUGCUGAGGGAUAAGACAAGAAAAGUCACACAGUUCAGAUAACAGUGUAAUUGGACAUUCACCUGUUUGCCAUUUCACACUUCCAUGGACGAAAAACUCACUCACCUCCCAGCAUGCCUUGCCAUUCUUUUACUUACAGCAAAUCCAUAACAAUGAAACAGGUGACUUUCAUGCUGCUGUCAGGAACGAUCUAAUUUCAGCUCUGGGUGACUGAUUGCAAUUGGCUUUGCCUCAUCUGAUAAUUAAUCUAUGUCACCAUUAAUUGGAAGAGAGAAUAAUUACUGGCGGUGUUGACAGUGACUGUACGCUUCCCCAGAUUUCCCCAUUGUGUUGGCCUGAAUAAAGGCUUUGCGAUUCAGUACUUAAAGUUUAUGUAAACUGUAACAAUACCUAUGCCCAUGUGACACUUUCAGACGCUCUGUCUAAUGUACUUUUGUUUUUGUGUUUACCAAUCUUUUUUAGCUCACUGAGAGCUGUCUCCCUCAAUCACUCCUCAAUGUUCUAUCUUAAUUUUGUGGAAGUUUA